AUGGAGCAGAGACAUCGAGACAUCAUUCGCACCAAUUAUUGUCUGCUAGCAGAACAGAUUAAAACCUCAGUUAGUGAUGUAUGCGCUUGUCUAUAUCAGUCUAGGAUCAUCUCAGAGAGAAUGAGGGAGAAUAUCCUUGAGACUAAUGGUACCUCCAGACAGAAGGCGGAAGCUCUACUAGAUCUCAUUGUUAAACGUGGCCAUGCAGCUUUUGAAAUGCUUUAUACUGCCAUCUUAGAGAGUGAGCUGUAUGAGGCUGCUGAUAUUCUGAACCCAAUAAGGGCCCCACAUAGAAACUUGGGAACAGCCAUGUCACAGACGUCAGAUUUAGAUGCACCUCCAUCUAGAGAAGAGGAAAUUGCAGCAGCUCUAUCAAUGAAUGUAACACCUCCAAUCAGAGAAGAGGAUGUUGCAGCUGAAGCUGAUGUGCUACCAAUGAAUGAAACACCUCCAUAUAGAGAGGAGAAUACUGCUGUCCAUGCUGGUGUUCUGAUGGCGAAUGAACUUCCAGCACAAUCAGCUAGCUCUUCUAGUAUUUCAAGCAGCUCUGCAAUAGAUAAUAUACCAAAGUCAUGGCCUGGUUUGGGGUUUGUGAAAAAAGAAGAAAUUAAGGUACAGAUUGUGCAACCAGAUUCACCGAUGUACGAGGAAUAUUUAAAAUCCCUGACACCACAAGGUCAAAGAUUUUAUUAUACGUUGCAGCAUAAGGUCAGAGGAAGAGUUUUGAUUGUUAACAAUGAAACAUUUAAAACAAAUCAUGGAACUAAAAAAGAGAAUGAAAAGGUUAUUUACUGUUCUGACAGAGAAGGUAGUUCCUAUGACAAAGACAAUCUUGAGGUUUUAUUCACUCAACUUGGGUUUCUCGUCCAAACUGUUAAUAACCAAACAAAAGAGGACAUGGAAAAGAUAUUUAAAGAAGAGUGUGAGAAAAAUCACAGAGAAUAUGACUGUUUCAUUCUUAUCAUCUUAACCCACGGACACAAAGGCAUCGUCUUUGGCAGUGAUGGCUAUUCUGUUAUAAAAGCUAACAAUGAGUUGGAACACCACAAUUACAUCAGAGUUAAGGAUAUCAAGAACAUGUUUUGUUCCAUUAAAUCUCUACGAGGAAAGCCUAAACUGUUUUUUAUUCAGGCAUGUCGAGGGGAUGCCUAUGAUAAAGGUGUUGAUGACAGUACAACAGGAGCUAGUUUAGAAAGUGGUGACACAGAUAUGGAUAUACAGUUAGAGAAUGCAAAUGAUACAAUUUCGGAACUUGAGGAAAUGGAGGAAAGUGAUGGACCACACGACAAACUUCCCACUGCGGCUGAUUACCUUAUGGCCUUGUCCACAGUGUCAGAUUAUGUUUCUUGGCGAAAUCCUAACCAUGGUUCUUGGUUUGUCCAAGCAAUUGUUUAUACUUUCUGGAAGAAUGCACAUCUAUAUGAUCUGAACAGACUUUUGACAAUGGCAAAUGACUAUGUCUCCCAAGCAGAGACAGCAGAAGGAAUGAAACAGGUAGCAGAAAAAAAAGACACCCUCAGGAAAUCGUUCUGUUUUUUCCCUGGACUUCAUCCUGGUUUACCAUCUUCACCUUUGAACUGA